AAUUCUUCUGCAGCAAUCUACAGACCAUCAUCGCCACUGGUUGACAACAACAACCAAAAUUUAUUACUCUACUUCUGACACGAAAUCGACGCGUCGACGCCCCUUGAAAGCAUCUCUUCUCGACCAUUAGCUGGACUAUUGAUUUUCCCAUCCCGCGCAUGAACGGACCUUUGCCGAAAUACCCACUCCCCAAGCUCAUUUCCAUUUUCAUGCACGCAUCGUCCUUGCCAACAUCAAUCCUCCUGGCUGUGCCCUCGCUCACCGAUAUCCAAUUCUGCCCAGACGAGGCAUAGGCAGAGGCUCUCUCCCUGGUCUACUUGUGCAUACAUACGCCAUUGAGACAAUCGCAGCCUAUUCAGGCCACGAGACAUUCAUUCCAUUGUCAGGCAACCGAAAUCGAAACAGCUAAAGCCUUCUUUGUCUACCACCACAACCACGCGCCAUGUCUUCCUCCCAAGAUAAUUCGGCCAGCUAUCUACAACAGAUGACCUCUGUUCUUGGUGCUGUUGCCAACUACAUGCGACUUCCAGUUAUAAUCUCCUCGGGCAUCGCUGCUCUCUUGAGUUCCCUGUUAUACUUCAAGCAAAAAGCUCUGAUCUAUCCCUCCCAUGUCCCAAAUCAAUCCCGUACAACGGUUCCUCGACCUUCGGAAUUCGGUAUCACGGACUUCGAGGAGCUUAUGAUCCCCACCCCAGAUGGCGAGAAGCUCUCCGCAUUCUACAUUCGUCCGCCAAAUAAACGUGCGCAGAAGAAUGUGACGGUAUUGAUGUUCCACGGCAAUGCCGGAAAUAUCGGCCAUCGAGUACCUAUCGCGCGGAUGUUUGUGCAGAGAAUGGGAUGCAGUGUGCUCAUGUUGGAAUACCGUGGCUAUGGACUCUCGACAGGAUCUCCAGACGAGACUGGUUUGAUGAUCGACGCUCAGACUGGUUUCGACUAUCUACGGAAACGAGCAGAGACCAGAGAUAAUGAUAUUGUAAUCUUUGGGCAGAGCUUGGGUGGGGCGGUGAGCAUACAACUUGUUGCCAAGAAUCAGAACGACAAGAGAAUGGUUGGAUUGGUGUUGGAGAAUACUUUCCUGAGUAUGAGGAAGUUGAUUCCAUCUAUCAUCCCACCAGCCAGAUACCUCACACUCCUCUGCCAUCAAGUCUGGGCCUCCGAUACCUUCCUCCCAUCUAUCACCGAAGUACCUAUACUCUUCCUAUCUGGCCUUCAAGACGAGAUUGUGCCACCAAGCCACAUGCGUCGUCUCUACGAAAUCUGCCAAUCCCCAACAAAGAUAUGGAAGCCCCUUCCGGGAGGAGACCACAACUCGAGUGUAAUCGAAGAAGGCUAUUUCGAAUCGAUAGCAGAUUUUGUGGCCAAUUUGGACACGAAGACCGGAUGAUUCGUUCUAUCCUCCAGCAGGAGACAGUACUGGGAGACAUAGAUCGAUUGCUUGCUUGCUUGGGUGGUACUCUGCUGCAUCUUUGCGAGGCGUUCUGCGUUCGGUGCCAUCUAGUAUAUGGCUUGUGAUUUACGAUUCACGAUUCACGUUGUAUGAUGUUAGUAUCUAGAGGGGUUGAGGAGAUGGCGUUGGGUACUAGAUAGAUAUCCUCGACCUGAAUAAGACUUUGCUUUUUGCAUGCAUAGGAUUCUGAAUUACUGAAAUGUGGACCUGGCUUUCAUUUGUACUGUUUUCUUUUCGUCGCUUACGCCUCUGGGCUUCUUUCUCG